CCUGCUACAUCUGCUGCCCGUCAGGUACGAAAUCUUUACCAAGUACCUUGCGGAUACAGAGCACGUACCUCGUUCGUACUUUCCUCCCGCCUUCUCAGUCCUUCUUCCGACCACCGACCAAAAACCAAACCACACUCCCUCCUCCUUGUGCCUGGCAACCGGCCUCCGCUCGCCCUUUCCCAACCUGUAUCCCUCGUCUCUUUUCUCUCUCUCCCCUUCCUUCCUUUUUCCUUCCUCCCCUCCCUCCUUCACUCCGUCUUCUCUCCCCCUCCUCUUCCUUCCUCUUCUCUUCUUCCUCUCUCCACAAUGGGCGCCCAAGAGCCAGUCUCCUCUACCACUCCAUCCUCCGCGACAAACAUCACCACGUCUACCGCCGCCGCCAGCCAAGAUGCCUCGGGACGACAGCCCUCCUCCUCCUCCUCCCGUACCGCCGAACUCGCCGGUGCAAAGAUAAGCUUGCGCAAGACGCUGCGCAGCUUCCCCGACUUCCCUAUUCCGGGUAUCAACUUCGUCGAUAUUAUGCCCCUCUUCGCCGACCCAACCGCCCAUGCCACUCUCGUCAACGCCCUUGAGCUCCAGGUCACCGAGUCUUUCCAGGCCAAGCCUGACGUUAUCAUCGGCCUUGAUGCACGCGGCUUCCUUUUCGGUCCCGGCCUCGCCCUCCGCCUCGGCGUUCCCUUUGCCGCCGUUCGCAAGAAGGGCAAGCUUCCUGGACCCUGUGUCACUGCCGAGUACGGCAAGGAGUAUGGCACGGAUUUCUUCCAGAUGCAGGAAGACGCCGUUCGUGAGGGCCAGAAAGUCCUCGUCGUUGACGAUAUCAUUGCCACGGGUGGUUCCGCAAAGGCUGCGGCCGACCUCGUUCAUCAGCUCAAGGGCGAGGUUGUAGGAUACUUGUUUAUUCUCCAGAUUCCCGGCCUCAACGGCCGUGAUAAGCUCGGCGAUAUCCCCACUCAGAUUCUUCUCGAAGACGCUUAGGUGGCGG